AAGGUAUUGAAGCUAGAAAUUUGAUUGAAAGGAUGAUCGAACGUGAUCCUAAAAAAAGACCAAAAGCAGGAACAGUUAUGAUACAUCCAUAUUUUUGGUCACCAUCAAAAAGACUUUCAUUUUUACAAGAUGCUUCAGAUAGAUUUGAAAUAGAAGUAAGAGAUCCACCAUCACUACUUUUACAACGAUUAGAGCAAGGAGUUGAAAGAGUUAUAGGUUCGGAUUGGCAUAAAAGAAUAGAUAAAGUAUUUAUAGAAAAUUUAGGAAAAUAUCGAAAAUAUGAUGGAUCCAAGAUUAGAGAUUUAUUAAGGGCUUUGAGAAACAAGACUGUUUCAUCAGCCCGUAGCCAGCUUUGA